UGGAAUACCCCUCCGAAAACGACAUUUACGACUGCAUAAUGCUCACCGGCUCCGGCGCCUCGGCCUACGAGAACCUCGAAUGGGUUAACAAACUGGUUGCCUACGUCGCUCGAGUCGCAGAGUCCAAGCCAGAGACCAAGAUCAUCGGUAUCUGCUUUGGGCAUCAGAUCAUCGCUCGCGCACUUGGAGGCGAAUGCGUCCCCAACGGUGGCCGUUGGGAGUGCGGCCCAACGCCCAUCCAGCUUACAGAGCUCGGGAAACAGCUAUUUGGUGCCACUGAAACACUGGGUAUACAGCAAAUGCACCGCGACCAUGUCCCAAGCGUUCCACCCAAUUUUCAUCUCCUGGCAUCGACGAAGCUGUCGCCCAACCAAGGCAUGGUUCGAUUCAUGCCUGGGCAUAGUCACGUUCCACCAGAGCGUACGCCAGCACAAGCAUUAUCUACCGAGACGAAACCUACCACUACUACGGCCACGACAACUGGCGAUACUACCUCUACUGACACUUCAACCUCGACCACCCAAACCUCUGACGCUACUCUUGCUAUAUCUACUACCACGAACACCUUUCCACCCUCAUCUACAUCUUUACCUCCUAUCCACAUCCUGACCGUCCAAGGCCACCCCGAAUUCACCGAACCCAUCGUCAGCGACAUCAUCGAGCAGCGCUCUGCCUCUGGUGUGAUCGACGCGGAGGCUGCCGCCGAUGCUGAACGCAGGCGCUUCUGGAAGACGGAUGGGAUCACUGUCUUCGGGAAAACCAUUUGGGAGGUCAUGUUGCAGGGCAAAGAAACUGAGGAGGUGAAGGAGGUGAAAGCGGAGGUUUCGGAGACCAAGGCAUAAA